UGGGGCAGGCCUAUAGGGCCCGCUGACACCCAGCCCUCAGCAGCAGCGCUGCCGGGGGAGGGAGGGCAGCGCCAUGGAGGCGGUGUGCGGCGACAGCAGCCACGACGGCGGCGACCACGACGGUCCCCAGCUGCACCACCAGCACCUCCACCACCAGCAGCCCCACGGCGGCGGCGACUCGGGGCUCCUCCACGUGGAUUUCCCCGAAAUCACCAGCGCUCUCCUGGCCAACCUGAACCAGCAGCGCGUGGAAGGGAAGCUGUGCGACAUCUCCAUCCACGUGCAGGGCCGCGUCUUCCGCGCCCACCGCGCCGUGCUGGCCGCCUCCUCGCCCUACUUCCACGACCAGGUGCUGCUGAAGAACAUGACCUCCAUCGUCCUCCCCAACGUCAUGGACCCCUCCGCCUUCGAGACGGUGCUGGGCUCGGCCUACACGGGCCGCCUGUCCAUGGCGCCGGAGGAGAUCGUCAACUUCCUGACGGUGGGCAGCGUCCUGCAGAUGUGGCACAUCGUGGACAAGUGCACCGAGCUGCUCAAGGAGGGCCGCGCCGCCGUGGGGCCGCCGGCGUUGGGGUUGGGGGCGGCAGCAGGGGGGGGCGGAUCGCUGGCGUCCGUGGGGCCGGCGUCCUUGGGGAUGGCGCCGGCGUCGUCGUCCGUGGGGCUGGCGGCGCUGGGAACGGGGCCGCUGCCAUCCGUGGGGCCGGCGGCGCUGGGAAUGGGGCCGGCGUCGUCCUCCGUGGGCCCGGCGUCGUCGUCGCUGCGCUCCCACUCCAGCCGCACCAGCGACGACCAGUCCCCCAGCAGCUCCAAUUACUUCAGCCCCCGCCAGACCCCCGAGGAGCCCCCCAGGGCCGCCCUCCCCCCCCGGCCCCGCGACGGCGCGGCCUCCAAGGGCUCCGCCGACGGCCUGGACGCGGAGGAGGAGGAGGACGACGACGAAGAGGAGGCGAGCCGCCGGCCGCUCUACGUGCGGCCCAGCAUCGUGCCCCACAAGCAGUGGGUCUACGUCAAGCGCGAGUGGCUGCAGGAGGACCUGGUGCUCACCUGCGAGGAGGACGAAGACCCCCUGCCCCCCCGGCCCCCCAAGACGGAGGAGGACGAAGACGAGCAGGUCGACUUCUGCGAGUCCUCCGAGGAUUUCCCGUCUCCCUACGGCGGCCUGGAGGAGCCCCCCGAGCCCCCCGGCCCGGCGCCCCGUCCUCCGCUCGCCGCGGACGCGCAGGGCGGCCCCAUCCUGGUGUUCCCCCCUCAGCCCGGCGCAGAGCACGGCGCCGUGCGGCUGACGGCGGCUCCGGACGGCAACAAAAUCUUCAUGUGCCACUGCGGCAAGGCCUUCUCCCACAAGAGCAUGCGCGACCGCCACGUCAACAUGCACCUCAACCUGCGGCCCUUCGCCUGCCCCGUGUGCAGCAAGAAGUUCAAGAUGAAGCACCACCUGACGGAGCACAUGAAGACCCACACCGGCCUCAAGCCCUACCAGUGCGACGUCUGCGCCAAGAAGUUCAUGUGGAGGGACAGCUUCGUGCGGCACAAGGCGCACUGCGAGCGCAGGCACCGCGCCGCCGCCAUCCACGGCCUGCAGGCGGCCGGCAGGAGGGCGCUGGGGGGGGACUGGGGGGCCGAGGGGCAGAGGGGGGCGGCGGGGGGGGGGCGGGGGGCCCGGGGGGGGGCCUUUGGGAGCCGGCCUGCAGGGGGCUGGGUGGCGCCGGGGGCGUUGGGUGGCGCCUCGGUGCCGUCCUGUGUGGCGCCUCUGGGUGACGUGGGGGACGUCUGGGUCCCAUCCCAUGUGGGCAUCUGGGUGACACUGGGGACAUCGGGGUGA